AUGUUCAAUCUGAGGCCUCGACUGCCGCUGCCGCCAAAGGGCCCCAAGAUCACCCACAAGGUCUACUUCGACAUCAAGCAUGGCGAUGAGGAUCUUGGCCGUGUCGUCCUGGGUCUGUAUGGCAAGACCGUCCCCAAGACCACCGAGAACUUCCGUGCCCUCGCCACCGGCGAGAAGGGCUUCGGAUAUGAGGGCUCCGCCUUCCACCGUGUCAUCAAGAACUUCAUGAUCCAGGGUGGUGACUUCACCAAGGGAGACGGCACUGGUGGCAAGUCGAUCUACGGCGACCGCUUCCCUGACGAGAACUUCAAGCUCAAGCACACCAAGAAGGGUCUCCUGUCCAUGGCCAACGCUGGAAAGGACACCAACGGCUCUCAGUUCUUCAUCACCACCGCCAUCACUGGCUGGUUGGACGGCAAGCACGUUGUCUUCGGCGAGGUCCUCGAGGGCUACGAUAUUGUCGAGAAGAUCGAGAAUGUCGAGAAGAACCCUGGCGACAAGCCCAAGGAGACGGUGAAGAUCGCCAAGAGCGGGGAGCUGCCUGUGCCCGAAGAAGAGCCAAUCUACGGAAGCGCCGACUGGGCUGCCGGUUUCACUGCGGGAGAGCCGGCCGAGGAGAUCCAGCAAGAAGUUCAGGACCAGGCAAGCGGCUCUGCUGACUAUGGCGAGUGGUCUUACGUUCAGAAAGGCGCCAUCUUUGCAGUUAUCGUCGGCUGCGUUGCUCUGUAUGUGCGAAUUUCGAGGAAGAGGGACCCAAGAGGUGCCGGCUAUGAGAAGACCUUGGCGUAA